AUGUGGCAUUUGUGUGGCAAUAUUAUGGAACUCCCUAAAGAACCAGAGCCAUGGGACAAUAUUCUAGAUACAACAAAAAAUACAAAAAUUUGUUACCAAACAAUAAGCAGGUUCGACUUUCUUAAAAUAGAAGAGGAUUGUCUGUAUAUUAAUGUUUACAGUCCACAGAAACCUGGUAGCGAUGACUUACUCCCAGUUCUUCUAUGGAUCCACGGAGGUGGUUUAGUAAAUGAAUCCAGUACAAUUGAAUACUAUGGCCCGAAAUAUAUUAUGGAUCACGGUGUGGUCGUUGUGACUUUUAACUACCGUCUUGGACCAUUUGGAUUUCUUGGUACCGACGAUGGAGUUAUUCCCCAGAAUCUUGGUUUAAAAGAUCAAAGAUUUGCUAUAGAAUGGGUUAAUCAAAACAUUCAUCUCUUUGGAGGAAAUCCAGAACAUGUAGUCCUAGUUGGUGAAAGUGCUGGGUCUCUAUCUGUUGGUUUACACUUAAUGGGAGACUGGGAAGGAGGCAAAGAACUAUUUCAUGGUGUCAUCAUGCAGAGCGGUACUCCUAUUUCUGGUAUUUGUACUACACAACAUCCAACUGAACAAACUUUUAGGCUUGGUAAAAAGGUGGAUCCAUCAUUUGAUUCAAAAAGCUCCGAAGAACUAUUACAAGUACUACAAAGUGCUUCAGCACAUGACAUUCUCUGGGCUGGAAUACCAGGUGGAGCAGUGCUGGAAAGUAGUGGACCUUUUAGUUAUCCUGCAUACCAAGCCUUUAUUGACCAAAAUUAUAAAAAAGUGCCAGUUAUAAUUGGAUUUAAUUCAGAAGAAUGGCUUUAUCUCGCUUUGAUGAAUAACGAAGAAGUGCUUAAAGCUUAUGAUGCAAAUCCAAGUUCGUUAGUUUCCGGACUAAUGACAAUGACUCCUGAAAAUCGAACCAUUGCAGGAAAUCUCUUGAAAGAUCUAUACACCAAUAAUGGUAGUUUCGUCGAUGAUCUAGGUGGUUAUAUAAGGUCAACAAGUGACAACCUCUUUACAACAUCAACCUGUAAACAAGUCGAGCUUGCUUCUGAGGUGGUUCCAUAUUUUUUCUAUCAAUUUUCUUACAAGGGAGAGUUGGGACAAGGGAUGGGAUUACUACCAGUCGCACCACCAGACGUUGGUGGUACUGUAGCCCAUGCUGAAGAUCUCCAUUAUAUGUGGGAAGAACAGGGUACAAAUAGUGACUUAAGUAAAUAUUCUGCUGAAGAUCAGUUGAUGUUACAUCGCUAUGUCACGCUAUGGACUAACUUCAUAAAGUAUUUAGAUCCAACACCAAAACCAUAUUCACUACUGAGUAAUUUCACUUGGAGCCCUUCCAAUAAGGAAACACUUAGGUACAUGAACUUUAAGUUGGACUUAGAGAUGAGCGAACAUCCGAGACAGUACUCUCAAGUUAAAGAAAUAAAAGAAAAGUAUAUGGAACCUCCAUACGUUGUAUUUACAUAGAAUUUUAUUGAAAAUAUUGAAAAUAAAAUUAUUUAAAAAAGGAAAUAAA